AUGGCACCUACGAAUGAUCCUGCAGAUUUUUCAAAGUUUCGUUCAGUUGAACCAAUAAAUACUGAUCCUAAUCUUGCACCAGCAUCCACUUGGGAUAAACUAAAACAAAAUUUUGGGAUGUUUGUUGAAGUAUCAAAAAAUCGACCUCUUAGUGAAACACUUUGUCUGAAAGAAGCACUCAUAUUUGGUAUUCCUGGUUCAUUCUUUUGUAGUAUGGCUGCAUUUUUAUUUUCAACAAAUCGUCGUCGAGUAUUUCAAGCAGCUAUUCUUUCACUACCAGUUCUAACAAUGGGACGUUUUACACAAUGUCGAAUGAGUAAACAUCAUGAACGAAAAGCAACAAUACUUGUAUCAAAAAUGGUACAAGCUAAGAUGUUAACUGAUGGUACAGCAAAACAAGCUGAAUUUGAAAAGCUAUUUAAAAAAUCUCAAGUUGAACUAGUUGAUUUUGAGCAUCAACUUGAUGAGAUAAUUGCUAAACAACAAACUGGUGGCAAAUAA